AUGUCACAACGUCUUGACAAUACGAAAUGGUUUUGGUGCUUGCUAGCCCUUCAUGCGGGUUCAUUAUGGGGGACGACACGCUCAGCUACAAAGACCCCUUCAAAUACUCCAUCGACCAUUGAGGCCCAAGCGAAAUUUUUCCAGGAUUUUUUCUCAGUACAGUUGAGUCCGUACAAGAUAGAGUUCGGUCACGUCUGCGAGGACCCCAACACAUGGGAGCAACGUUACGAGAAGAAAGACUUUAAGAAUCACAGGGACAUGGGAAAAGUACGAUGGGGCGACAAAAAGGGUGGGUAUGGAGAACACUAUUGGGAUCUGAAUCACGCUGGAAACGCUGACAGUCACGGUGACGACCACUAUGAUGGAGACAAUGGUUCUUAUCACGAGUUAAGCGAUAAUGACCCUUAUGAUGAACCCAGUGACAAUAUCCCAACAUACAACAAUGAUGAAUAUGAUCCAGAGAAGUCAAGCUAUGAAGAGAGUGGACGGGCUAAGAGAGCCCAUCCUAAAAUAAGGGUCGAACGUAAACAUCACAAAGUAGAAAGAGACUAUGAUGAAGAAACUCGCUCUCAAAAGAAACAAAAGCGUAAAAACAAAGAACAAAUUAAGGAGGUUGAGACUUCCGAAGAAGAAGAAGAAAUAGAAGAUGAGAACAGUGAGGAAGACGAAUCUUAUGAGAAACCAAAACCUAGAAGACAGAAACAGAGAAAGCAAGAAGACAGCUCAAAACCAAAGGAUAAGAAACAGUUCGUUUUAGUAGUAAGUCACAAAGAUGACGACGAGAAACAAAAGAAUGAGGAAGCAACUGAGGAAGAAACAGAAAAGCCACAGUACGUAACUGAGGAACAACUACCUCGGUAUGUGCAGCCACCGCCAGAAUUACCUCAAUAUGUACCUCAACCUCAACCCGAUUAUUCACAGUACCCUGCAAAUGUACAAAAUGAGCAACAGCAACCUCGUUACUUCCCUUAUGAAGGUGGGGCUGGUGUAAGACAUCAACCAGAGGCAGCAGCUACAACUGUUCCAAGGCUUUUCUUCGAAGCCUCGACAGGUCACGUGGUCGACCGAGCAACGGGUCAAGCUUAUGUAUUGCAGCCAAUUGCCGUGCAAAAUAAUUACAAUUAGAAAGUUGUAGUAACAGAUUAGUUUAGUAACGUAGUUUUGUUAAAGUUAUUUAUUUUUAUAAUUAAAUUUU